AUGAACCAGCAGCUCGUUGCGACGAUGCUCCGGAGAAUGGAUCUGGAGGAAGAGAGAAGGAACAAAGCGGAAGAGAAAGUUCACGAGGCAGCUGAAGCGGCCAAGCAGGCAGCAAAGGCAGCUAAGACUCGGGACCCCUUCCAGCCGAGCACUGCUCCCGCGAGCAGUUCUGCCGCGAGUUCGGCAGAAGAAGCGUUUGUUCGGGAACUGCAGCUUUGUAUCCUUGUGAAGAAGGAGAUUGUGCAAGCUGACUUGAAUCCCGAGACUGCCGCACGUAGCUCCAAGCUGUUCUACUACUUGACGCAGUCCCUCGCCAAGUGGGAGCGGGGAAGCGAGCUCUUGAGGUCCUGCUCGAAGAGGCAGGGGCAGAGCGCCUGCGGCUACGAGGUGAUUAGGACGAUUACCUCUCAGUACUCCAUCGUGUCGCGGAUGGAAGCUGUCUUCGUGAGAGAACAGGCUUUGAAGUUGUACCAGCACGUUGGGCAUCUGAAGCGGCCCACCGACUUGAUUCGACAUCUUGAGGAUUCGUUUUCGAAGUCUGAAGCGAAGCUGAGCAACUUUCCGGAGCUUCAGCUGUCUGAGGCUGACCGCUGCUCUGUCCUUUUGCAGAGCUUGGGUGCAGAAGUGCGUCAGUACGUGGUACUGCACGGGUCCAGCUCGAACUGGGAAGCUCUUCGAAGGACGCUGACUUACUACGAGGCGCAGCUGCGACUGUGUGAGGCCCCUGGGUCUUCGGGCCGAGCCUUGCAGGAGAAGCUUUGCGACUACUGCGGGAAGAAGGGACACACAGCCGACAAGUGUUGGCAGCGCCAAAAGGAAGAACGCGGUGGUGCACCGAAGGGCAAAGGGAAAGGAGACAAAGGAAAGCCGAAAGGCAAAGGCGACCAGACUCCCAAGGGAUCUGGCACGCCCCGUGGUUCCGAGAAGGGCCGAGUCGGGAGGAAGCGCCACAGUGAUGGCGAUGAGGUUUUCCUGUCCUGGGCGUGGUUCUUCGGAUUUCGUGUUGUCAAGAAGUACGACCGAACGGCCAAUCUGUUCAAUGCCUCGGGUGGUGCGAUCGUCGUUUCGGGGGUUGUCGACCUUGAGGUUCAUUUUGGAGAUGUUUUCCUGAGGUUGGAAGAGGUCUUGGUGGCGGAUGUUGGGUUCAACGUUGUUUCGCCUUGGACCGGGUCGGAACGGGGCUGGAAAACCUAUCUAGCCAAAUCGGGAUCACGAUUGUACAAAGGAAACGGAAAGAAGAGCAUCAAGCUGAUGGGCGCUUCGCGCGCCUGGUGGGCUCUGAGCGGGAGGUCCAAGGGCCGGGGGAAAGAGAAUUCUUCCAGACGCCCCCCGAAAGGGAUCGAGGAUAUGGAGAUAGAUGCCUUGAAGGACCGCGACCUGCUAGGAUCGAGCAAGGAGUCCACCGCAGGACCCCAGAAGCCUGGAGAAGGAAUCCUGAAGAAAGGAAGAAAGACUUCGGAAGAAGACGAGUCUGGCCGCCACGCUUUGGCUGCCACUCCUUUUGGGAAACAGUCGCAUGUUGGCAUGGUGCUUUGCAUGUUUUUGGCAUGUUUUUCCAUGGUUUUGCGAUGGCAUGUUUUCAUGAUGGACAUGGUUGUGCAAGCGCAGUGGGUUUUGGCUGCUGUGCUCAAGCGGGCUUUUACCCUUACGGUUUUUGCAGAAAGACUCGGCAUACGCCUCUUUUUCCUGCUAUGGGAAACUAUCUGGGCGGAUCAAAGCCAGAAUGCGAGUGCCGGUGCGAAGUGUGCGGAAAGCAGGUCUGCGUCAGACGCAAACCUGCGCACACCCAUCAUUAUUGUUGGGCCUGCAUUCAACAUUGGUCUGGGUUGCAAUGGCUACGUGCCCACGACGAAGUUCCAGAUUCGCAGUAUGCUGAGAGCGAUGCAGAUGGUAGCAUUGCAGCUGGGUGGGUCUUGCUUGUGA